GGUUAGCCUAUAAAACACAACAGCCACAGAUAGCAUAAUAAUUGUACCCCCCUACCACCCACAAUAAAUGUGGUAAUGUGUUAGAUUCCGUAAUAGGCCCAUGUGUCAUGUGUGCAUGUCUCAUGCACGUACGUAUAUCACAUAUGAAUGAUUUUAUAUGCACUUAACCCUCUGGUAUAAGAUUGCUUGUUCUCAAGGUCAUCAAGUUGAAGCUAUGAGUUUGAAACAUCCCUAUCUAUGUCUUUAAUUAUAUGUUCCUGAAACAUCACUCUCUAGGCUUUAACUUUGAACCUAGCUAGCUACUAUCCCUUUGCUUCCUUAAAUUAGUUUAUCUAUAUAUAUACACACUCCUGUGACAAACAAUAGUGUCUUACUGUCUUAUAUUGUCCCCUUUUACUGCUAUUCCCUCUCUGUCUCCUUUCUGUUUUUCUGUCUUACAUAACAAAUAGAUACAAACAUUGAAAUUGUUGAGUUUUUUUUUUUUUUUUGCAUUUUAUUAUAUUGUUUCUCAUGAUGUUGAGAACAACUGAAAAGGUGUGCUACACUCCUGAUUUUAAUGAGAAACCAAUCAUGUUUCUCAAGCAAACAAGUGUUGGUGGUGGUGGAAACAAGAAGAGGGUCACAGGAACUUGGACUUUCAGAUUUCCAAAAGACCCUAAAUUUUCACCUGUGAGAUUCUUGCAGCAACUUGGAGCAAAAGUGGCAAGUGCUAUAAGAGUUGUUUCCAUGAGAAGGAGAUCCUCUAGGAAGGUUUCUUCAUCCUCUUUGGUCAGAACACGUUCUGUGUCAGACCCCCCUGAUUCACAUCGUGCCAAAGCUGUUGAAGAUUGUAUUGAGUUCUUACAUUCUUCUUCAUCUAGGGAGAGACCCAGUUCAGUUUCUGAAAGUUCUCUCUAGGAAUGCUUGUAAUUUCUACAUGCAAGAGAUCGAUGUAUAUUAGAGAAAAAAUGGUAUGCUUUAUUGGUUUCCAUUGACAUGUUCAUUAGUAGGAAAUAGAAGUUAAUCAUUUGUACACAGUGCCACUUUGGUAUUGGAGUUUGAGUAGAGAUUGAGAUUCUCAUAUAAGCAUUGGUUUAAAUUAUGGUUUGAAUUGUGAACCUUGAUCGUUGAUUCAUAAGAAUACAUUGUAUCUAGUUCUACUUUGUCAUGGUCCUGAUAUGAUAGUCGGUUUUUAUUUAUUUCCUCACCAUCAUUACCCGAAAUUGAUUAAUGACCAACUAUCCUUUCUUUA